UCAGGCUAUCAAAACAAAGCUUUUUAUCUUUGUAGGCACAAUACAGAUCCAGAAACGUCAGCAGUUGGUGACAAAGGCACGUGAAUUAAAGGACCUGAAAGAUGACCUUUACCAGUGCCAACAAGAGCAAGGAGAUAAAGUGGGGUUACUCAAGGGAGAUUUUGCCACAUGUUUGACGUCUACUGAAGUGGAGAAGAAAUCCUUUGAAUCUCAAAAAAAGAGUCUUGCUGCAGAAAAUCAGCACCUAAGAGAAUCUCUAGAGAAGGAAGAGAAAGCUUUGGCCUCACUUCAGGAAGAAUUAAGGAAGCUAAGACAACAAAUUAGAAACUUAGAAGACAAAGGUACUAGCACUGAGACUAUUGUAAUGGAAAACCAGAAACUAAGAGAGCAUUUGGAAGAGGAAAAGCAAAGAAACCACAACUUCCUUAGGCAAAAGGAAACACUCUUUGCAGAGGCACAGAUGUUAAGGAGAGAACUGGACAAAGAACGUCACGUUACGGAAGCUCUAAAGAAAGAACUGGAACAGUUAAGUUCUCGUCACACACCUGACAGUGCUGAUGAUGAUACACUGAGAGAAAAUCAAGAAAUAGAAACUCUGCGAGGAAGACUAGCAGAACUGGAAAAAAAGCUCAACUUUGAGCAACAGCGCUCUGACCUGUGGGAGAAGCUGUACGUUGAAGCGAAAGACCAAACUGAAAAACAAGAAAUGAAUGAAAAGGGACAAAAGAAAGGUGCUAAAGGGCAGAGUAAGACUAAAAAGAAAUCAAAGGAAUCCUUUUUUGGUUCAGUUAAAGAAACUUUUGAUGCGAUGAAAAAUUCCACAAAAGAGUUCGUAAGACACCAUAAAGAAAAGAUUAAGCAGGCUAAAGAAGCAGUGAAAGAAAACCUGAAAAAAUUCUCUGAUUCUGUAAAGUCUACGUUCAGACACUUCAAAGAUACCACAAAAAACAUAUUUGAUGAAAAGGAGAGGAAGUCAAAUGAUAGAAGACACGAGGCAAACAAGAAAGCUCGAACUUUUUUCCGAGAGCAUAACUCUUACGAGAACCUGAAGCACGUGCAUCACAGGGGACCCAACAUGCCCAGAGAAUUCAGAGAUGGAAGAAAACACCAGUUUACAACAUUUGAAAAAAGCACAGAUUCACAGAAGUGUCUCAAUGAUCCUUCGUGUAAUAGAAAACAUCAGUUUGUCCUGAAGGGCUGCUCUGGUAUUUUUGAAUGUGCUCAUCAAGAAUUCAUUAGCCUCUUUAACAGAGUAUCGGAUCCUAUCAGGGUGGACGAAUUUAAUCGGCUAAUGAGAAAGUAUUUGCAACAAGUUGUACAUAACUUUCAUCACUGGAGAGAACUAGAAAAUUUCAUCAAUAAGUUUUUUCAUAAUGGGCUGUUUAUACAUGACCAGAUGCUGUUCACUGAUUUUGUGAACGAUGUCAAGGAUUACCUGGAAGAGAUGAAGGAAUACCAAAAUAACAAAGAAAAGGUUUUUGAGGAUUUGGACAAAUACAUCUACAAAUACUACUUUCAUUAUGAUAAUUCACCCCAAUAUGGACCCAGUCGACCUAAAAGGCCUUUUACACAAACUGAAAAUUCCAGACAUGAAAGACAAGCUCAGAAGUACCACCGUAAUAAAAGAGAAGGUAAAUGGCAUAAACAUGGUCGCACUAAUGGAAGACACAUGGCAAACCUUGAAAUAGAAUUGGGGCAAUUACCUUUUGAUCCAAAAUAUUGAGUAAUUUAUGGUAAAGAGAUUAGAAUUAAUAACUCGCAUCGUCUCCGGAAACUACUUGGUUUUCAACGAAGCAGCAAGAUGCAAGUUUCUUCUCUAAAUGAUUUGAUUUUUUUACACAUUUUUGUUAAAAGCCAGAAGUCAAGCUUUCUAAUUUGCAGAAAUCCGUACUGUUGCUUUAACUGUUCUUUGGAAGUGAUGAUAGUGGGUGCCAGCAGUAUUGUUGCAGAAACUAGGCAUGCAAAGACUUGUGUAUGAAAAAUAUGCUUAACUGCAUUCCAUUAGUAUAGUUCAAGCUUGAGUCAUGCAUAAUGUACCAGUGUUUGAUAUACUAACUUCAUCUCAUCCUUCAAAAAAUAGGUCUACAUCACGGUAAUGUGUUUGUUAGUGUUUUGUAAUCUUAUACUUGCUUCUCGUCUUGGGGGCUGUUCAGGAGCCUGUUGAAUUGUGAAGCAUUUGCUGUGAUGCAUUCUAAUCAGCUUGCUGAUUUCAGCACUUGAAAUGUCUUGCAUAUCUGCAUAUUGUAGAAGAAAAAUAAAGAGACAUUGUGGGUAAAAGUCUUUAUUUAUAAAACAAACCUAACAUAGCUGUAGAGUU